AUGGCUUUCCGGCGAGUAUCUGCCACUAUUAUUCUCUUCCUCUACUUACUGGUUUCAUCUCAGUCUCUCGAUUUAAGUAAAACUCGGAAACCCCACAAGAUCGAUGGACCAAUCAAGACCAUAGUCGUUGUAGUUAUGGAGAAUCGCUCUUUCGAUCACAUCCUCGGUUGGCUCAAAUCGACCCGACCCGAAAUCGAUGGAUUAACCGGCAAAGAAUUCAAUCCCGUUAACGUCUCCGAUCCGAAUUCGAAGAAGAUUUAUGUAUCCGACGACGCCGUAUUCGUAGACAUGGAUCCGGGCCAUUCCUUCCAGGCGAUCCGAGAACAGAUAUUCGGGUCGAACGAUACAUCCGGCGACCCGAAAAUGAACGGAUUCGCACAGCAAUCGGAGAGCAUGGAGCCUGGGAUGGCGAAGAACGUGAUGAGCGGAUUCAAGCCCGAGGUCUUACCUGUGUACACCGAGUUAGCGAACGAGUUCGGGGUAUUCGAUCGGUGGUUCGCGUCGGUGCCGACUUCGACUCAGCCGAAUCGGUUCUACGUCCACUCAGCUACCUCCCAUGGAUGCUCGAGCAACGUGAAGAAGGAUCUCGUCAGAGGAUUUCCUCAGAAGACGAUCUUCGACUCGCUCGACGAAAACGGACUCAGCUUCGGGAUUUACUUCCAGAACAUUCCGGCGACUUUCUUCUUCAAAUCUCUCCGUCGGAUCAAACACUUGGUGAAAUUCCACAGCUUCGCGCUCAAAUUCAAGCUCCACGCCAAACUUGGGAAGCUCCCGAACUACUCCGUCGUGGAGCAGCGGUACUUCGAUGUCGAUCUUUUCCCGGCCAACGACGAUCACCCGUCGCACGAUGUCGCCGUGGGUCAACGGUUCGUUAAGGAAGUCUACGAGACUCUGCGGAGCAGCCCUCAGUGGGAAGAGAUGGCUCUGAUCAUCACUUACGACGAGCACGGUGGGUUCUACGACCACGUUCCCACGCCGGUUAAAGGUGUGCCUAACCCCGACGGAAUCAUCGGACCCGACCCGUUUUAUUUCGGGUUUGAUCGAUUGGGCGUUCGGGUCCCUACCUUCGUUAUCUCUCCCUGGAUCGAGAAGGGCACUGUGAUACAUGAACCUGAUGGUCCAACACCACAUUCUCAGUAUGAGCAUUCUUCUAUACCUGCAACGGUGAAGAAACUCUUCAACCUAAAGUCGAACUUCUUGACCAAGAGAGACGCAUGGGCUGGUACAUUUGAGAAAUACUUCCGUAUCCGAGAAUCUCCUCGCCAAGAUUGUCCAGAGAAACUAGCGGAAGUGAAUGGAUCACUAAGGCCAUGGGGAGCAAAAGAAGACGCAAAGCUCUCAGAAUUCCAGGUGGAGCUGAUCCAACUCGCUUCCCAGCUCGUUGGAGAUCAUCUCCUAAACUCAUAUCCAGACAUUGGGAAGAACAUGACAGUUAGCGAAGGCAACAAAUACGCAGAGGAAGCUGUUCAGAAGUUUAUAGAAGCAGGAAAGGCUGCACUAGAAGCAGGAGCAGACGAGAACACUAUAGUCACUAUGAGGCCAGCUCUGACGACCAGGACCAGUCCCAGUGAAGGAACCAACGAGUUUAUUUGA